CGAUGAUCUUCAACACUAAUUUUCCGCGAACAUGAUGGUGAGGUUUAGAUGGAUCUUCGCUGUCUUGUUGGGCUUUCUGGCACGGGCAACGAUUGCGGCCAAUGAUUUCACUUACACCGGGUCCCCAGUCGCUGGCAAGCCAUUCACAAUCACAUGGGCCCCAGGAACCUAUUCCACCAUCGACAUCCUGUUGUAUUCUUUGACUGGAUAUCCGUCUUAUGUACCAACGAUAGCCAUUCCCAUUUCUCAGGGGAUUCCCAACUCGGGAAGCUAUGUCUGGAAUGUCCCAGCAAGUCUUGGAGGCUUUUACUGUCUUUCCAUAGCCAGAGACUUCAAUUUCCCCGUUUCGUACAGUCCUAAAUUUGCCCUUGGACCGUAUACGUUCAGCUCCAUCGACUAUGCUACCUAUACAUCGGUUCCGCAAACGACAACCUGCACUUCUGCACUCCCUGUGCCAACAGGGCCCAAUCCCUUCGUGACCCCCGCCGACAAAAACGGCGUCAUGCGUGUCGGUGUUGCAACUAAUAUCCAAUGGCAGCCGACCACCAAAGGCACCGUCUCCUUGAUUCUGAAUCCCUCGAUGUCAAAUUCAUACAUGAUCUCAUCGGCCACCAUCCUGAGUAAGUUUUCCCUUCCCUGUGCAAUUCGAACUUGUUAAUCAGAUAGAAAACAUCUCAAAUUCUGGAUCCUUUGCCUGGACGCCUCCUAAUGACAGUACCCUAGAUGGCACAGGUGCUGGUGGCUGGUACCUCACUCUUGUGGAUGAUACUACAGGCGCAACGAGCAUCUCUCCUAGCUUCAACAUCUUACCUCCUGACAGCCAGGAUGAAUUCAUUGGUCCCUACGCUCCUCUAGUUGUUGGACAGAGUCACACGUUCAACUGGUCUCCAAGCACAGCAUCAACAAUCUCGCUGUUAAUCAUCAGAGAUUCCCCACAUGGAGCCAACGUCACCUUAGCAGGUCUGGCUCCUUUCGCAUAGUCGUUGAAAGUAGGCUAACCAAUUCCAUCAGAUCGUAUCAAGAACACCGGGUCCUUCAGC